GCAACUGAAUUGAAUUUUUCUGAAGGAGGUGGAGUCUGCGGUGGGGAGGGUGAAGAAAGAGUGAGGAAAAAGGAGAAAAAAAGGAGAAAAAGCACACAACAGAAAAGGGGAGGACAUCGGUGCAAUUGCGUGAAUUUUGGUUGAAUUACAUUGAAGAAAAUAGUUGCAGAGAGGAAGAAACCAAGAUGAUAACGCCCUACUUCCUACAAAAUUUCUGGGGCGAAAAAAACAAUGGAUUUGAUGUUCUCUACCACAACAUGAAGCAUGGUCAAAUCUCUUCCAAGGAACUUACGGAGUUCAUCAGAGAAAGGAGACCUUGAGCAGACGAGGCCAUAAAAAUAGACCUCAAUGAAGGACAUCAAGGCGUGAGAGGAAUUCUAAAGGAGGGCUACCAUAGAAGAGGUCUAUGCCAGGUCAAUGACCAAACUUGCCAAGUCAGCUGGCAACUUCUCUCAGCUCGGGACGUUUGCCCCGGUGUGGGAUGUGUUUAAGACGUCCACAGAGAAGCUGGCCAGCUGCCACCUGGAGCUGGUGCGGAAGCUACAGGAGCUUAUCAAAGAUGUGCAGAAGUACGUGGAUGACCAGGCCAAGGCCCACAAAAAGACCAAGGAGGAGGUGGCGUCCACCCUGGAGUCAGUCCAGACCAUCCAGACCACCGGUGUAGCCUUACAGAAGUCCAAGGAGAACUACAACGCCAAAACUGUGGAGCAGGAGAGACUCCGCAAGGAGGGAGCAACACAGAGAGAUGUGGACAAGGCUGGAGUGAAGGCCAAGAAAGCCACGGAAACCUACAAGAGCUUUGUGGAAAAAUACGCCACAGCCAAGUCCGAGUUUGAACAGAAGAUGGCUGAAACUGCACAGAAAUUUCAGGACAUCGAGGAGAGCCACAUCGUCCAUAUGAAGGAUAUAAUUCAAUCAUACACACAGUCUGUUGACGAGACACACGUUCAGAUCGGAGAGGUCCGUAUAGAGUUUGAGAGGAACAUGGAGAACACCUCUGUGGAGGGCUUGAUACAGAAACUGGCUGACAGUAAAGGAACGGGCAAAGAGAGACCAGGUCCUAUUGAGUUUGAAGAAUGCAACGCUGCCAUCGCCACUGAAGGAGCCAAACCCAGAAAGAGGAAAACAUUUGCGAUCCCAGGCCGCCGGAAAGACAACAAGGACACAGACUCCACGGAGUCGACAGAAGUUGAACCUGCUAACAAUGCCAAUGGAGUUCCUCCUGGAUACUAUGGCACCAUAGACUUCCAAAACGCUAAUGUCCCCACGGUUGAUGAAGAUGGCUUCUGCAUCAGACCGGAAGACCGCAACCAAAAUGAUGCCAAAGAGAACUCGUUCUAUUCGUCGAGUGACUCGGAGGACGAGGAUGAACCCAGGAAGUUCCGCGUGGAAAUCAAGCCGGUGGCGCCCAACAACAGGACGCAACAAAGCCGAGCCACCAUUGACCAACUCAAGGCCUCCAUUGGAAACAUCAGCCUAUCGCCACCAACCUCGGGUCAGAUGCGAAGGAACCAAUCCAGGCUGUCAGGAAUGCAUUCCCACUCAGCGAUAGGCUCUCAGGUGCUAGGCGAUGAGUUGGGAAAGGCCAGAAUGUCAACAUAUUUCAAUGAUAGACCUGCUCUCAAUAAUGACCUUCUCUCAUUGGAUCCAUUCGGCCCUGCCCCCACCCUAAGAGGCUCCUCCUCCUCAGUAUCCUCAUCAACAGACAUCGACUCUCUUUUCCUCUCCAUUCCUCUAUGUCCUCUACACAUUAACGAGUCCCCUGUGUUUCUGCCAGGGGAGGCAGGUUCAUCACUCUGCCCUGCCCUAGACGGUCAUGUGCCAUCUACAGAUGAGGGGGUGUUACAGCAGGAGCUCUCCUCUCCCCCACCUGCAGACGGCCUGCAGCAGGCCAAAGGAGAGGUCACCCCUCUACCUUCCUCCACCACCACUACCACCACCACCUUCUCUCCAUGGAACUCACCAGCUGACCCCUUUCUGGCCCUGAAGCCUAUCCGCCCGGCCCAGAGCACCCCCAUCACCCGGCAGGAUGAGCCCAUAGAACCCCAGGAUCCAACCCCAGCCCCCGCAGGCCCAGCCCCCGCAGGCCCAGACCCAACCAGCAUGCCUCAGGGAGAGAACCAGUCUGCCUUUACCUGGUCCCAGAGCCAGUGGAUCGACGUCAACGACGACUUUGUGCCAGUCCAACGCCAGCAGAGCUGCGGUCCGGGUACAGGUCCGGUCAACCGCGACCGGACCCAGUCUAACCCUCCUACCGGCAGGCCUCAGUCUUGCCGGUCCAUCUGUUUCUUCUCUGAUGACCCCGCUGACCCCUAUAAUAAGAUGGCGCUGAGCAGUGGGGUUGUGGAGGUCAGCACCUCCUCUGUCUCUGAGGUCUUUUCAGCACUGACAGAGGGGAUGGUGACAGCAGCAGCAGCAGCAGCAGCUAGCCAAGCACACAACGUGCCUGCCCUGGCCCGACCCACUACCCCUCAAACUGGGGCCAUGGUGGCUCCUCCACGACCCUCUUCCAGACCCAAACUACCCACAGGAAAACUCACAGGAAUCAAUGAAAUUGUGCGGCCGUUCAGUCCGACCAAAACGUUGUCCAACGCCAGUCCUCCUCCGGCUGCUCCCCUGGCCCGGGCAGAGAGCUCCUCCUCCCUGUCCUCCACUGCCUCUCUCAGUGCCUCCAACACACCCACAGUGGGGCCUGAGCGUAUCUUUCGUCCCUCCCUCUCCUCUCCGGAACCAGAGUUCCUCCUUUCUCCCUGUCCUCUGUUACUCCUCAGCCAAAAGGAUGAUGGUUUCAUCGGGAAGCUGCCCACCUUUGAGAAGUGCUGUGAAACGCCUUCAGGGACGUCUCGCGGUCCCAGCCCAGUGACCCUGGCGUCCCAGGAUGCCUUGCCCAUUGCUGUGGCCUUCACAGAGUCUGUUAAUGCCUACUUCAAAGGAGCUGAUCCCGCUAAGUGCAUAGUGAAGAUCACAGGUGACAUGACCCUGUCCUUCCCCAUGGGUAUCAUCAAGGUGUUCACCAGUAACCCCUCCCCUGCCAUGCUCACCUUCAAACUGAAGAACACCUCCAAGCUGGAGCAGAUCCUCCCCAACCAGACACUUCUGUUCAGUGAUCCCUCACAAAGUGAUGCUCAUACCAAGGAUUUUUGGUUCAACAUGCAAGCUCUCACAUCGUACCUCAGGAAAGCCUCAGAGCAGAACCCUGCUGCAUCCUACCACAACGUUGACAUCCUCAAAUACCAGGUGUCCUCUAAAGGAAUCGCAUCGACCCCUCUGAACCUGGCAGUGUACUGGAAGUGUGACCCCGCCACCACUGACCUGAGGCUGGACUACCACUACAACCCAGAGUCCAUGCUCUGUCCUGGCCCUCUCUCCAACGUACAGGUCCUAGUGCCUGUAGAUGGAGGGGUCACCAACAUGCAGUCCCUGCCGAAUGCUAUCUGGAACUCAGAGCUUAAUAAGUCUCUCUGGAAGCUGAGUGAUAUCUCUGAGAAGUCUGAUAAUGAAGGCUCGGGGUCUCUGAGGGCUAAGUUUGAGCUCUCCGACGGCCCGUCCACCCCAACCACCCUGGCUGUGCAGUUUAUGAGUGAGGGGAGCACGCUGUCUGGGGUGGACAUAGAGCUGUUGGGAACCGGGUACAGACUGUCCCUCAACAAGAAGAGGUUUGCCACGGGUCGUUACAUGGCAGACUGUUGAGUAGGCACGUCGUCCUGGACCCCCAAGCACAACGACUUUAUUGAACAUGUAUUUUCAAUAUUUUAGUCCUUUUUGUCCUAUUUAUUAAAGGGGAGAGGGGAGAGGUGCAGCAAAUACAACAGGUUUUUUGUGACGCAUCCAAACACUUUGCAUUAUGUCCCAAUGUACCUUGUCUGUCUCGAGAAGAGAGCUUCUCAGUACAGUAAAGCAGCGCUGAGUAUUGAACACUGUUUAAAAAAGAAUAAUAAAUGAAGUUGGGCUGUCAGGAAAUGUAAAUGUAUAGAUAUUGAGAAGUGUAAUGCUUUCUGAUCAAUUCAGACUUUUAUAAAGUCAGAACCAUAGAGUUUCGUUAUGUAACAAUGUAUGGAUUAUAUAUACAUACAUAUUAUAUACAACAACAAAAAAUGUCAAAAUGAAACAAAUCUGCACUAACAAUCUAAAAAUAUAUUUGUUCUCUCCUUUGUAAAUUGUGUAUGUAUUCCACUGAAGCUCUUGUAGUAACAAAGAUUCUGGGUAAAACGGUGAGAAAAGGGAAGAAAGAGGAGAGGAAAUGCCACACAAUCGUCCCUCAUCCCCCUCUCCUUCUCUUCUCCAUUGCAAGUACGAUCACCGAGUAUUUUACUUUGUGAGACUCAAGUCAUGUUUUUUGCUGAUUUACCUUUAUUUCCUGGGUUCUUUUUAUUCUCAUGUGCAAUGAAGAAAUGAAGGUAUAAGCUGUAUUUUUUUAAACUAAACAGAUUCUCUCAAAUGUUAUCAUGGCACAACAUUAAUCGGUUGUCCUGUCGCUUCUGACAACUGGUAAUAACACAAGGUCAGCUCUCUUCUCUGACACAGGUCAGCUCUCUUCUCUGACACAGGUCAGCUCUCUUCUCUGACACAAGGUCAGCUCUCUUCUCUGACACAAGGUCAGCUCUCUUCUCUGACACAAGGUCAGCUCUCUUCUCUGACACAAGGUCAGCUCUCUUCUCUGACACAAGGUCAGCUCUCUUCUCUGACACAAGGUCAGCUCUCUUCUCUGACACAAGGUCAGCUCUCUUCUCUGACACAAGGAAGGUCAGCUCUCUUCUCUGACACAAGGAAGGUCAGCUCUCUUCUCUGACACAAGGAAGGUCAGCUCUCUGACACAAGGAGGUGCUCUCUGACACAAGGAAGGUCAGCUCUUUUCUCUGACACAAGGAAGGUCAGCUCUCUGACACAAGGAAGGUCAGCUCUCUCUGACACAAGGAAGGUCAGCUCUUUUCUCUGACACAAGGAAGGUCAGCUCUUUUCUCUGACACAAGGAAGGUCAGCUCUCUGACACAAGGAAGGUCAGCUCUUUUCUCUGACACAAGGAAGGUCAGCUCUCUCUCAAAAGCAAAAAAACUAAACUUAACUGACCUCACUGCCUCUUUCUUUCUGUGGAUAAAUUCAUUGAAAAACUUUUCUCUAUGCCCUUUUGUAUGUUAAAAAAGCACCGCUAACGAAAAGAAAAAGCAAGUUGUUGUUUUAUCUUAUUUUUGGAUGUUGAAGGGAAAAUGCUUCCAGUUUCUACACCAGUCAAUCCAAAAGGCAUCUGUCUUCCAGAAACUGCUGGUCCAGUGGACUCACUGUCUCAGUUCUGUGUCUUUGCUAUGAUGUCGUCUUUUCUACUGGGGUAUUUUGUUCUAUAUUUGAUCAGAUGGAGAUCUUUGUUCCCAAACCGCCUUCGGUCUAUUUGAGAGCACUGGACAGCCUUCUAGCCGAGCAUCUUUAUCACAAUCCAGCCAAAUCAAUUCUAGAAAUGCCUUAAGAAAAUAUACCUUGUCAUCUUUUGAUAAUGGUAAUAAGAUGCUAUCCAGUUGUGAUAGGCUACAUUUCUGCCGUGUUUGCCUGUGAGGAGAGAGACAGACAACAGUUCUUGGUGCUGACUCGAUUUCAUACUGAGUGGUUCAUUCUUGCCUUAUAUACCAAUGGAGGACCAGUAUCUAGAAGGGCUACAUCUCCUAGAUGGAGAGCUGCAUACACCUUAUGUAGCAGUUCUAUCAAUAUCACUAACGCGGGUUUUUGACGACCUUUUCCAAUGCCUUCUCCCCAAAACCACAGUUUUGACAGUAUAGAUAAUGAUCAGAGUACAGUAUUUUCAUUACAAACAUUGAUAUGGGCACACCAGUAACACUGAUUGUGGACUGUUAGUGUUCCAUCAUGUAUGUGGCCAUCUGAACACUGUAUGCUUGUAAACUCCUGGCCCAUAUCCACAAAGCGUCUCUGAGUAGGAGUGCUGAUCUAGGAUCUGGCCAUAUAAUAUGAUCAAUACUGAAUUAAAAGACAACUGAUCCUAUAUCGGCACUCUUACACUGAGACGCUUUGUGGAUACGGACCCUGGUAUUUGGUACAGUUGAUACUGUUAACGUUCUGCUGCUUCUGAAAUGGCACCCUAUGCCCUACAAUAUAUAUAGUGCAAUACUUUUGAUCAGUAGUAGUGCACUAUGGAAUAGGGUGCCUUUUCAGAGGCGCUAUGUGUAGAUAUGGUUAAUCGCAUCGCUUACUAGUAAACGUGAUCUGACCAAACCUCAAGAUAUAACUUUUCAGCACAAUAAAACACCUAGUCCAUGUGGCCAGUCUGCUAGAACUAUGAGAAAAUACCUAGUCCAUGUGGCCAGUCUUCUAGAACUAUGAGAAAUGUGAUUAUUGUUUAACAGUGUUGAUCGAGAUGCAUUUGUGAAGUCAAUGUCUAAAAUAGGAUUUGUUUUGUAUACAGUACAAUAAGUCACAAUUAUGUUUUGUAAGGCAUGGAUUAAUCAUCACUGUUUUGAAUGAUUGGUCAUGUUUUAUUUCUAUGUAUACGGUUUUUAAGGGUGAUAUUUGUUUAAGAUACACUUUAAGACUCCACCUUCAGUAGAAUUGUAGAGGCAGAUACUAACUUGAUUUGAAUGAGGGGUAAAAUUAUACACAAAUAAUUUUUUCCAGAACACUAUAUAUGGCCCAACCAAAUAAUGUGUGACUAUCCGAAUGGAGUUGGAGUUUACUAAACUAAAGCGUUAUCAUGGAAAACAAACGUAGCAUGUAAGGAACGUUUUUAAAGAGGGGAACAGCGUAUCAAAAUCAGAAUUUAAAAAAAAAUGUAUGGAGUUCUCCUUUAAAUAUCAUAUCAACUCUCGAUUCACCCGCUAAGAUCAGAAACCCCCAUACAGAAACUGAGUAUAUAUGCAAAGUAUAUUUAGCGAGCUGGUUCUUGCUGUCUCUACAUAGCAUCCAGUGAUUUCUUUUUUUCUUGGAGCUUGUCACUAUGAUGUUUGUUUGUCUAUGUCAAAAGGAGAGUUUAGUUUGAUUUCUCAUAAAAUGUACAUUUUUACAAAUAUCUCAGCCACUUUUUUUUUUUCUGUUCACUUUAUGAUCGAUCUCAAUGUGCCUGUAUUAAAUGUAUAAUAUAUGACUAUAUACCUAUAUAUAAAAAUGACUACUUGAAA